AUGGUUCAAGAUGGCCUUAGUGAAAUUGAAGAAAUAAUUCAUGACAUAAGGGCAAGUGUAGAGUUUGUAAACAAAACUGAAGGGAGGCGAUUGAUCUUUGGUGAAAUUGUACACCAGCUACGAUUGCCUGAAAGAGUGCUGAUUUAUGACUGCAAAACAAGGUGGAAUUCAACCUAUGAGAUGCUAGCUUGUGCUCUCAAGUUCAAUGAGGUGUUCCCGAGAUUCAAAGACAGAGAGCCAAGCUAUACUUUCUGUCCUUCCACAGAAGAUUGGGAAAAGGUAAAAAAGGUGUGCAGUAUUUUAGGAGUCUUUUGGAAUGCGACUCAUAUAAUAUCUGGGAGUGAUUAUCCGACAGCUAAUUUAUAUUUAAAUGAAGUUUGUCGGAUAAAAACGCUUCUAGAUUGCAAAGCAAAUGAUGAAGACAACUUUAUUCAAGCAAUGGUUUGGAAGAUGAAGAUGAAAUUUGACAAGUAUUGGGGUGAGUGUAACCUGAUGAUGUCCAUAGCAGCCAUCUUGGAUCCUAGGCUCAAGAUACGAGUUAUCAACUACUGCUUUCCACUGAUAUAUCCUCCACAUGAAGUGCAAGCGAAUAUAAAUAAAGUCCGGCAAGCUUUGUAUGAUUUAUAUGCCGAGUAUGUGGAGAUGCAUGUUUCAAGUUCAAGAGAUUCUGGAGGAAGCUCUCAAGUAGUGGCAAAUGAACCAGGUAGCAAGAGUAGCAAUAGUUCAUCCUCUACAAUGACACAUGUUACUGGAAUGUGUGAAUUUCUAUCUCACAGUGCUACUGUGGAACCCGUUCAACCUGAGAAAAAUGAGCUAGAUAUCUACUUUGAAGAUGGCCUUCUCAGUGCUAUGGAGAAGUCUAGCUUGGAUAUUGUCAACUUAGAUGCUUUGAAAUGGUGGAAAAGCACAACAAAAUACAAGAUUUUGCCUAAGAUGGUUGCGGAUAUUUUAGCCAUUCCUGUUAGCACCGUAGCUUUGGAAGCGACAUUUAGUGCUGGAACUAGAGUGCUUGACUCCUACCGUGCUUCUUUAGCUCCAGAAACUGUAGAGAUGUUGAUGUGUGCUGGGAAUUGGUGUCGUAGGCUACAUGGGGUUAAGAAAAGGGAUAAGUUGGCUUAA